AUGCCUCUUCACAGCUGGGGGGGGUGGUUGCAUUCCAUUCCCAAGCGUGGAGCGGUGGGGGGCGAGAAGAGAAGCAGACGGGUUCCUCCCUUGAGGCCACAGAGGAACUUCAAGCACUUCAAGUGUGAGACACGCCAGUUGGUGCUGGUCUUCUUCGGGAGGAUCUUGAAGGACCAACGCACCCUCCGGCAGUGCGGGAUCAGUGAUGGGAUGACUGUCCACCUGGUCAUCCGAUCCCUAAAGAGGGACCCAGAAGACUCUACUCAGUCGUUCUACAUACCCAGGACCUCAAACUGCGCCCUGGCAUCAACCGGCACCAGCCUGACCCUGCCCGCUUUGAACCCAAUCUCCCAGGGUUCUUGGGUGCCCCCUGAGUGGCACCAGAUGCCAACCUCAGAGAUGGUUGUUCAGAAGGUACGGCAGCUGAUCUUGGCCAACCCAGAGAUCCAGCAGCUGGCUCAGCAGUUCCCUGCCAUCUGCCAUAUCCUGAACAACAUGGGCAUCAUGCGGGUGAUCUUGGACAAGAUGAGAGAAAUUAUGGACCUCGCAAAAAACCCGGACGUGGAGCAGGACCUGAAGAAUCCAGAGCCACUCCUGAUGAGUGUUCAGAGUAACACUCCCGGUGGAGACAAUCCCUUGAGGCAACUCAACAGUGAGGCUCAGGAGCCAGGGCUACAUGCAGGGCAGGACCCCCUUGCCACCCCGAACCCUUAUGUCACCCUGGCCAAAGACCCUUGUCCAGAACACAAGGCCAGGGGUGGAGAGGGGGGAGGGUCCCAGUGCUCCGACUCUUUCCCCAUCUCCAACAGCUACGGGAGGUUUUGCACCAACAACUCGAGCAACGACGAGAGUGGCCUCUUCAGCAGCCUUCCUGGUCCCCUUGGGUCUUCCCUGCCCAGCCUUGGGCCCAACCCUGGGGCAGGACUGGGUAAUGUAGGGGGGAUCCAGGCCCUGAUUGUAAACCUCUGCAACGCCUACACCCAGCGUGUGAUGCUCUCCCUCUUGCAGAACGCGCUGCUGGCCUCCGAAGGGAUGCAGGCCGCCUGCCAGGACCACAUCCAGCAGCAGCUGCAAAACUUCUAUCGGCAGAUGCAGAGGCCAGAGAUGGUGGCAGCCCUGUCCAACCCCAAGGCCAUCCAGGCCUGGGUGCAGAUGGAGCAGGGCCUGCAGAUGCUGAUGGAGGAAGCCCCGGUGCUCAUCCCCUGGUUCGUGCUGCGCUUGAAGGGGCUGGGGCACACAUCUGCGACGGGAGCCAUGGCCACCGUCUCUCCCGUGGAAGAAGAACCGGCUGCUUUGGAGUAG